CCUAUGAGUGAAAGGCAUUGAGUAAUUUCACUGCUACCCCUCCCUGCCAGUAUCAAUCAGCGGGGACGCAAAGUGGAUAACCCUGAGCUUUACAUCAGCACCUCGGAGUGCUGCCGGCAGUAAACAGUUUCUCGCAUUGUUCCGCCGUCUCAGUAGAAUUCUACUGAACGUGACGGAAGUCGCAGGGCACCAGAUAUAAAUGAAGUUGGAGGCUGGAACAACUCACAGGACUUUAGAGCAAGCUGACAAACACAUAUAUAUAUCGAGAAACCGACUCUACCUCUUCACAGUCACAUUAUCCUCUCCAGCUGAUGAUGCCACAUGCUGUACAUGGCUGUAACUAAUGAAUGUAUGCUUUCCUAAGUGGAUACAAAGAUUUUGAAACCUUACCUAAUUGAGAACCUACCACUUCGCUGCGCGAUUUUUUUCAUUGAACGACAUGGGAACAGUAAAAAGAAAAUGCGUUUAUGGCAUGAGGACCAUCAGCUAAAUGAAGACUUGAGUUCUCUUAUAACAUGGGAUGGAUGUCAGCUGCAAUCUCAGUUCUUGCUCCCCAGCAGCCAGUAUGCAAGAGGCAGAGCAGAGCGACCUGCUUGGGAUGUUUCCACUCUUCCUAGAGGAGCGACUGCUGAACAGAAGCAACGAGUCGCUGCAGGACUUUAUCAAAGGGUUCAACCUGGAGAAAUCCGACAUAAUAGGGGACAGCUCGGCUAUCGUGAGGAUCAUUAUCUCGAUCGUGUAUUCGGUGGUGUGUGCACUGGGGCUAGUGGGCAAUGUGCUCGUGCUGUACCUGAUGAAGACCAAGCAAGGAUGGAAGAAAUCCUCCAUCAACCUCUUUGUGACGAGUUUAGCGAUCACCGACUUUCAGUUUGUGUUGACUUUGCCUUUCUGGGCGGUGGAGAACGCGUUGGACUUCAGUUGGCUUUUUGGGAAAGCCAUGUGCAAAAUAGUGUCCUAUGUGACAGCCAUGAACAUGUAUGCCAGUGUUUUCUUCCUGACAGCCAUGAGUGUGGCCAGGUACUAUUCUGUCGCAUCUGCGCUUAAGGUCAAAAGGAGACCUAUCGGCUGCUCUGCUAAGUGGGUGAGUGUUCUCAUCUGGGUCUGCGCGAUAGUCGCGUCUUUGCCCAACGCUAUCUUCUCCACCACUGCGACUGUCUCUAGCGAAGUUCUUUGCCUGGUGAAGUUCCCUGUCAACAACGGCAAUGCUCAGUUUUGGCUUGGGAUGUACCAUGCCCAAAAGGUCCUCUUAGGCUUUCUGAUCCCUCUGUUCAUUAUAACUAUGUGUUACCUGCUGCUGGUUCGUUUCAUUACGGACCGAAACGUGAGCAGCUCCAGCACCAAACGGAGAUCCAAAGUCACCAAAUCUGUGACCAUUGUGGUGCUCUCCUUUUUUCUCUGCUGGCUUCCCAACCAAGCCCUGACUACCUGGGGGAUUUUAAUAAAACUGAACAUAGUCCAGUUUAGCUAUGAGUAUUUUACUACUCAAGCCUACAUAUUCCCCAUCACUGUAUGUCUGGCUCACUCCAACAGUUGCCUCAACCCCAUCCUCUACUGCCUGAUGCGCAGGGAGUUCAGAAAAGCCCUGAAAAACCUCUUCUGGAAAAUCGCAUCACCUUCCCUGACCAACAUGAGACCCUUCACUGCCACCACUAAACCAGAGCAGGAUGAUCACGCCCAUGGUGAGGGACAUGGACCGUAUGCUGGUUUCCGUUGUCCAGUGCACUGAUGCAAAUACUUGUGAGCACCAGGGUGGUAUCUCUCAAACGAAAUAAAACUUUUAGUCUCA